AUGUCUCUUCGUAUUGCUAGUGGAUCCAGGAAGGUUUCCUCAUUUGGUGGAGGUGGUGGAUCAGUCAGAGUAUCCAGCAUAGGAGGAAGCUUUGGUGGUGGGAGUGUAUGUGGUUUGGCUGGGGGAUCCGGUGUCGGAUUAGGGAGUGGAUUAGGAGGGGGAGCAGGUGGUAGCUUUGGAGGAGGCUAUAGUGGUGGUUUUGGUAAUGUCUCAGUUGGAGGAGGCUAUGGAGAUGACUACUGCAGUAGCUCAUUUGGGGGCUUGGGUAGUGGCUAUGGUGGAGGCUUUAGUGGGGGCUUUGGUGGAGCUGAUGGCAGCCUUCUGUCUGGUGGCGAAAAGGAAACCAUGCAGAACCUUAAUGACCGCCUAGCUAAAUACCUGGAUAAGGUGCGUGCUCUGGAGGAGGCAAAUGCUGAUCUUGAACAUAAAAUCCGGCACUGGUAUGAGAAACAUGAUCCUGCUGCUGCUGGAUUGCGCCAUGACUACAGCAAAUAUUACCAGAUAAUUGAAGAUCUUAAGAAUCAGAUCAUCUCUGCAACUAUUGACAAUGCCAAAAUAGUCUUGCAGAUUGACAAUGCCAAGCUUGCUGCUGAUGACUUCAGACUUAAGUAUGAAAAUGAGCUGUUCCUUCACCAAAGUAUUGAAGCUGACAUUAAUGGUCUGCGUAGAGUCCUAGAUGACCUGACUAUGACAAGAUCCAACCUGGAAUCACAGCUUGAAAGCCUGACUGAGGAGCUAGUGUAUCUUAAGAAGAACCAUGAGGGAGAAAUGAAAAGCUUCCAGCGUGGCUCUACGGGUGAAGUGAAUGUAGAAAUUAAUGCUACUCCAGGAGUUGAUCUAACAAAGCUUCUUAAUGAGAUGAGAGCUCAGUAUGAAUACCUUGCUGAGCAAAAUCGUAGGGAGGCCGAAGAACAAUUUAAAAAAAUGAGUCAACAGCUGCAGCAACAAAUCUCUGAUGAUGCUGGUGCAGCAGACUCAGCCAGGCAUGAAAUAACUGAGAUCAAACGUACUCUCCAAACUCUGGACAUUGAGCUACAAUCCCUUCUGGCCAAGAAAUGCUCCCUUGAAGGCACCUUGGCAGAAAUUGAAGGAAACUACAGUUGUCGGCUUUCACAAAUACAGCUUCAGAUUAGCAAUCUGGAGGAACAAUUAAAGCAGAUCAGAUCUGAAAUGGAAUGCCAGAAUGCAGAAUAUGAACAGCUCCUGGGCAUCAAGACACGUCUAGAGAUGGAGAUUGAGACCUAUAGGCGACUGCUAAAUGGAGAAGGAGGGUAA